AUGUUGCAUUCUUAUCAAGAAGCUGGCCAUGGCGCCAAAUCGAUUCUAUGUUGCAUUCUUAUCAAGAAGCUGGCCAUAGGCGCCAAAUCGAUUCUAUGUUGCAUUCUUAUCAAGAAGCUGGCCAUAGGCGCCAAAUCGUCUAUGUUGCAUUCUUAUCAAAGCAUGGCCAUAGGCGCCAAAUCGAGUCUAUGUUGCAUUCUUAUCAAGAUGGCCAGGCGCCAAAUCGAGUCUAUGUUGCAUUCUUAUCAAGAAGCUGGCCAUAGGCGCCAAAUCGAUUCUAUGUUGCAUUCUUAUCAAGAAGCUGGCCAUUGGCGCCAAAUCGAUUCUAUGUUGCAUUCUUAUCAAGAUUCUAUGUUGCAUUCUUAUCAAGAAGGCGCCAAAUCGAUUCUAUGUUGCAUUCUUAUCAAGAAGCUGGCCAUAGGCGCCAAAUCGAUUCUAUGUUGCAUUCUUAUCAAGAAGCUGGCCAUAGGCGCCAAAUCAGGUCUAUGUUGCAUUCUUAUCAAGAAGCUGGCCAUAGGCGCCAAAUCGAGUCUAUGUUGCAUUCUUAUCAAGAAGCUGGCCAUAGGCGCCAAAUCGAGUCUAUGUUGCAUUCUUAUCGAAGCUGGCCAUAGGCGCCAAAUCGAUUCUAUGUUGCAUUCUUAUCAAGAAGCUGGCCGCAGGCCCCAAAUCGAGUCUAUGUUGCAUUCUUAUCAAGCUGGCCAUAGGCGCCAAAAUCUAUGA